AUGCCUACUUCUCAAUGGCCUCCAGCACAACAAAAUGAUUUUGGCAUUGCGACAUUGUCUCUCGGCAACUGGCGACAUCACACGCUCACUCCACGACUUGAAGCAGCCGCCAAAGCCGGCUACCAAUGGAUUGAUCUAUUCGAUGAGUGUUGGGCUGCUUACCUAGUUGAAAAUGGUAUUUCUGGGGAUCAACUUUGGGAACCUACUCCGGAUAACCUACGUGUGGCUCGUCAGUUGGGUGAACUUGUGAAGUCCCUUGGAAUGCGUAUUGCAUGCACACAGCCUCUCCGCACUAUCGAAGGUAUUAAGGACCCCGUGGAGCGACAAGCAACGUUGGAUCUAGUUGCCAAGCGCUUCCCUUUCAUGCGCGCCUUUGAUACCGACCUCGUUUUCAUGUGUGCCAAUAUUCGUACGGACAGUGGUGUUACUUCGGACCUCAAGGUUGUCGCGAAAGACCUGGCUGAACUGGGUGACAUGGCUGCUGCUUUCGCGCGUGCAGAUGGAGGUCCGAUGCUUAAGAUUGGAUAUGAAGGGCUUUCGUGGGCUACAAGGAAUACAUGGUCGUCUUCGUGGGAGGUCGUACGAUUCGCAAAUCGUUCAAAUGUUGGGUUGAUUGUGGAUGCGUUUAAUGUCCUUGCUGUUGAAUUUGCGGAUCCAUAUAAUCCUGAAGGACAUGGUCGCAUCUAUCCAACUCUGGAGGAGUCUCUUGAAAUCUUGACAGACUCCAUGGCAUCAUUGGCAAACUCUGUACCAGGUGACCGGAUUUUCUUCUUCCAAUGCGGCGAUGCGGAACUUAUGAGCCCAUCAACUUUUCUGCCUCCAGAUGAUCCCAGUGUUCCGGCUCUUCUCCCUUGGUCAAGAAGUCAUCGACUUUAUCCCCUUGAACAAUCUCGUGGCGCUUAUAUGCCUGCGGAGCUUGUUACUGCCGCUGUACUGGCCACAGGGUACAAAGGUCCCAUCUCAUUGGAAGUGUUCAACGCAUCUUUGAAUGUGCCAGGAGAUGACAUCGCAACAACACAUGCUUUUCGAGGGAUGGAAGGAUUGAAGAAGCUCUUUAACGCAUCAACGAGACUUGCUCCAUUCUGGAAAGACCCUGAAUCCGUUCGGAAAGCCAUUUCUCAGGUUACUCAACGACUGAAGACAACCAGCCCGCAAUUAUAA